AACGAGUAGCCUUACAAUAAAACUGCAGAUUCCAGAUGUGUAAGCAGUGAGGUGACAUUACACAAUCAAGGGCUGAAAUUUAUCUAAUCACUCUGCCAGGACGCACAAAUUGACUUAUAUUCCUGCAGAUUUUUAGAGAUGCGUGACUUGAACGUUGACUGCGAUUCCAUGUCUUGCUCCUCUGUCUCCUCCGUUGAAGACACUGUCGUGAUCAACCACCAGCGAUCUCCAGCUGAGUCUGUCUCCCGCGCAUCGGUGUCCUCCGUGCAAAAUGUGCAGGAAUCGGGUAGAGGGAGACCUGUACCAGAUUCUCCUUUUGUUCCAACUGUCACGUCGCAGAUGUCCACAGCAGACACGCAGCCGAUGGUCCAUCCUACCGUCAACACAGUCUCCCCAGCAUUAGGCGCUGCAAGGCACAGAAGAUCACGGUGCCUUUCCCCAUCGUCCUCUUCGGAGAGCGACAGCCGUGAAAAAUCAUCCCGCAGGAAAAGACAAAAAGAUCUCACCCCAGAGGAGGAAGAGAAGAGGAUGCUCAGGAGAGAAAGGAAUAAAAUUGCUGCAGCCAAGUGUCGCAACAGAAGAAGAGAGCUCACAGAGAGAUUACAAGAUGAAACGGACAAGCUUGAGGAGGAGAAAGCCACUCUGCAAGCUGAGAUAGAUAAUCUCAUGAGAGAGAAAGCACAGCUUGAAAUGGUCUUAUCAGCCCACGAGCCCACCUGCAAGAUCACAAAGGAUGAGGAAGAGAUGCAGCAGAGUCCGCAUAGCCCUAAUCAGCACCUGCCCCCAGUUCUUGACCCCAGGAAGGCUCCUGAGAUGCUUCCAUCCCUCCAGGACCUGGAAAUGCAUGCAGGAGGCAUCUCGUCGACCACUGCGAUCUUGGGCAACUCUAAUAUCCUGCUAUGCUCCAGUGCCGUGGUGGCCACAUCCGAGUUAGAGGCCUUCCUGGGAGUGAAGGAAGAGUCCUCGCGGGAGCCUGAGAGUAGCAGUGGAUACGAUGUGGCCCCGGCCGUCCCCGACAUUGACCUCACCAAUUCCCUCGGCAUCUCUGACUGGGAGACACUCUACAAGUCCAUGGCGGACAACUUGGAGAUCCUCAACAGCCCUAUUGUGAUCUCCAGCCCAACGUGUGGCAGUAGCCUUCAUGGGUUUGAGUUCAACUACCCAGAUUUUGACAGUUUGGCAGAUGACUGUGAAUGUGGCGGUCAAACAAAAGGCCGAUCGGAUAUGGUUAAAGAUAUUCUGAACUCCCCCACACUUUUGGCUCUGUAGAAAUUCAGAGUCUGCAGGGAAGGUUCAGGUAGACCAGGGAAACAGGUGGGAGGGGGAUGUUACAAGUUUAUACGUACAGGGUUGUGUAACCCCAUAUCAAUUAUUCUGAUAAUGUUAUAUUUGACUGUGCCUGCACUUAAAAUUGACCUCUUCCAGACACACUGUGUUCGUCUGAGUACUGUUGUUUACAUCAAAUGCAUAUUAUAUAUAUAUAUAUAUAAAUUGUUGUCAUUGGAUCCUCAAAUGGAAAUUGAGAUGUGUUAUCAUAAACUUAGAAUGCACAUAGA